AUGCCUGGUGGAAUGUAUUCUAGUGUAAAUCCUGGAAUUUUAGGGCUAGAAAUGUCACUGCACCACAAAAUACCACCACAGAACCCUAACCAGCAGCAGCAGCACCAACAUAAUCCCAUGGCGACCUAUGGCCACCGGGAGGGUGAAUACCACCCACAAACUCAGCAAUCUGUGAAACCAUGGCGCCCAUAUGCUGGAAAGCCUAAGAAUCAAAGUUUGACCCUCAGUGAUGAUGAUGAGCCUGGACCAGAGAAUAUAUCUGAUGAUGGGAAUAUGAGAAUAUCUCCUUGGCAAAGAGUGAAAUGGAAUGAUAAUAUGGUGAGGCUGUUGAUAAUGAUCGUGUUCUAUAUUGGUGAUGAAGUUGGCUCCGAGGGUAAUGAUCCGGCUAAUAAGAAGAAGGGUGGAGGGGUCUUGCAGAAGAAGGGGAAAUGGAAAUCAGUAUCGCGGGCAAUGAUGGAAAAAGGCUUUUAUGUGUCUCCACAGCAAUGUGAAGAUAAGUUCAAUGACUUGAAUAAGAGGUACAAGAGGGUUAAUGAUAUUCUUGGGAAGGGAACUGCAUGUCGAGUAGUGGAGAAUCAGAGUUUGCUCGACUCUAUGGACCAUUUAUCGCCUAAAAUGAAGGAAGAAGUCAAGAAAUUGCUGAAUUCUAAGCACUUGUUUUUCAGGGAAAUGUGUGCGUACCAUAAUAGUUGUGGUCAUGGUAGCGGUGUUAGUGGAAGUGGAGCUGGUGGUAAUCAACGUUCACCUGCAGAGGUGGCGGCAGAGCCAUCCCAUACUCAGUUUCUGUCACAGCAGCAGAGAUGUUUGCAUUCAUCCGUAAAUGCUUCAGUUAUGCCUAACUUGAAUAGAGGAGAAAAUGAGGGAUCUAAAUUGGCAAAAGGGAUAAGUGGGGAAGAUGAUGAUGACGACGAGGACGGCGAUGAGGAUGAUGGUGACAGCUAUGAGGAUAAUGACGAAGUGGUUGAUCGAGGAUCAAGGGGUCACGAUCACGGCCAUGAGGACGACAAUGACACAGACGGUAGAUCUUCAAGGAAGUGGCAGAGGAAGAGUGUAUUCAAUUCGCCUUUGAUUCAACAAUUGAAUGUGGAAUUGAUGAAUGUGUUGCAAGAUGGAACUAGGAGUCCCUUUGAGAAAAGACAGUGGAUUGAUGCAAGAUUGAUGCACUUGAAGGAUCAGCGUGUUGGCAUCCAGUGUCAAGCUUUUGAACUUGAAAAGCAGCGAUUAAAAUGGUUGAAAUUUAGCACCAAGAAGGAGAGAGAAAUGGAGAGAGAGAAGCUUGCCAAUGAGCGAUUGAGGCUUGAGAAUGAGAGAAUGGUUCUCAUAAUUCGCCAGAAGGAGCUCGAGUUGCUUGAACAUCAUCAUCACCAGUCCAACAAGCAGUUCGUGCACUUCAUGAACAAUCUUAACCUGGACUUUGAUUAUCAACUGGUAAGGAUAAACCAGUAG